UGAUCAGUAAGAACUACGAACUCAAACCCUUUCGCCCAGUCUUUUUCAACUGAUAUAUCGUGCGCCUGUCGUAUUUUUGCCUUACAACCACAUAGUAUUACGUUACAUGGCUUUUCCGAGAAGUACAGCUACAUUUGGUUGUUUUUGGUCGUGUUCACAUUACUUUUUAAACAGGGGAAGCCCUUGCUCAAGGUUAGUGUCAGAUUAUUAUUAAGAUUGACGGGCAAGAAAGGUGUCGCUGUAAAUAUCUUUUCUUCAUUGAGUUAUGUAAUCGUCUCUCGGUCAUACUAUUUGCAACGUGUUAUGUUGCUGUUUAAAACAACCGGAUCAACUGGAGAAGGGAGUGCCUCUUUGCAAGCAGUUAAUAUUUUGUGGCUCUCUAUGAAAGUAUAAAAGAAUAAAGAUUUUAGCUGGUUUAAAGUCAAGCGACAUAAAAAGAAUAACAUUACAUAUAUAUUGCAGUGAGGACUACAGUGUAAAUCACUUAUCAGAAAUCCCAAACCAUGCAUUUACCCCUCCAUAUUGUUAUUUUAUCUGCAGAGCUUUGGUAACUUCCUUGCAUUCGUUGUUUAAAACAACUUCAGGUUUGACGGAUUUCUUUUUUUUAGUAAAAAAAUGAGUGUUUGAUGUUUAUAAGAUAUGAUGUAAUAAAUACGGUUUAUAUAGCAGUUAUUGCAAGCCUCAAAGUGUUUUCCAAUAUGAAAAAGAAAAAUGUCUAGGGUAAUUUAGUAUUAUCAACUGAGUUGAUAACAUGUAUUGGCCACAGUAAAUAGUUUCAAAGCUGAUGUUUCAAGUGUUAGCCCUUCAUCAGAGUGAAUACCCUAUUAACCUAUUUUCUACAUUACUACAUAUUUUAUAGACAUCUAGAGUUAAAACUUAGAAACAAAAACUCUAGGAAUAGAUCACUCCUGUCAAAAACUAGAGGGGUUCAAUGUAAGCUCAUUACUGGUGGUCUACUGCCAUCUGUAAGACCUCUCACCACCCUCUCUUCAGCCUGUAAAAAGCUCUUGUGUUUGGGUUUCACCUAACAGCACAGCUGCCUAAUAUUUACACCAUGGAAUGCUGCUUAUGGAAAAAGUCAUUGAAGCCUCUGUGGAUAUCUAUUGAUUCCAAACAACAUGUGUAUUUAGUUAAGUUUCACCUUUUACACUUAGAAAAAAAAAGUUGUGGAGCUCUCUGUGACUAAUUUGUUAUCAAUAUAGUGUAAAAACAUUUUCUUAGUGUAAUUUUUUUCUCAUUACUUGCAAUACGUAACACUUUUAACAUAUGUUUAUCUGUUUAUAUCGUAAGUAAUUAAUAAUUAUUUAGUUAUUUAAUGCAUCAUUUGAAGUUUCUUUUAAACAGGUGGUACACAUUCACUUCGUCUCAUGUCAUCAUAUUCCAAUGGAACUGAAAGCAGCAGUUCUCACCUUGAGAGGACAGAACAUUCACCAAGACAGGAGGUAAUGAAGUUAGCUAACAAAGGAUAAAAAAAAGACAGUAAAUGAUUUAGACCCAGGAGUAACUUGUGAUCUUGUAGUCUGAUCAUCAGGGUGAGUGUAGUCCUGAGAAGGACUGUUGUCAGUAGUACCAUAUUUGACAACCAUGCGACAACCUACCACUGGUUAGGGUCCUUCUCAAGACUACACUCAUCUGCAUAAUCAGGCUACACAAUCAAAAUAAGAAAGCAGUUAGUACUUAGAGCACUUUAUUGACUAACAAAGUAAUCUAUUUAGUACAGAACCCUUUUAUACUCCUGGAUGUAGAGAUCGAAGCACUGUGAAAGUAAAUUAUUUUGCCCAAGAACACAACAAAAUGCCCCGGCCAGGUCUUGAACCUGGGCUUCUCUAACCAGAGUCCAGUGUACUGAUCAUCAGGCCAGCAUGUCUCCCAACUAUUUGAUAAUUUCCAUCCACACACAAGACCUGUAGGAUUAAGUUAACUGUCUGGGGGUUUGACUUCACUUAGAUGAUAAUUACUGCAUUCUUUUUACCACAGUUUUUAGUGCAAGGUACAGUAACAGAGAUGACUCAGUUGUCAAAAACUGUUAAGGGACUUUCCAUAGAGGUGAAAGACAGCAGAUUUUCAUUUAAAUGUGGACAAUGGUGAGCACCUACAAAGUAAUCUUUUAAACAAAUGGAUGUGUAGAAUUGAUGUGCUGCUCUGCAACACACAUUUUUGUCGUUGAAGAAAACUAUAGAAUUUUUAAUUACUACAAUCGGAAUAAUCAUAAUCUUUUAUCCAAAUGAGACAGCUGAAGAUUUGAACCUUUGUAUCUGGUAAUUAUCACUGAAUGUUGAAACCAUUAAUAGUUACAGGCGCUUGUUGUAAUAGAUUGUAUGAAAAAAAGUGUAGUCCUCUUUUUUAGUCUUAUUUUUAUUCAUUCCAACAAGCAAUUAUUAUUUUGGAGGAGGAUAUAUGUAUUGAACAAUGAGUUUGAAUGACUUUUCCUUUGUUAGUUUGUUUGCUCUUAAAAUUAAAAUCCAGCUGGAGUUUAUUUUUUAGACUUGCAGUUAAAAAAAACUGAAAUUUCUGCAGGGAAUUAUUAUAAUAAUUAUUUUUUUAAUUCUCUGUUCAGAACAAAACAAUAACUAAAAAGAGAAAGUUUAUGAAGCUUAUAAGUGUAUUGUUUUAAGGUGGAUAUUUCAAAGAAGUCUUAAUCCUUUUCUCCCAAAGAGUGAUAAGUGUCUAUUUUCUCCCAAAAAUGUCACCCCUCAAUCAAACAUUAAGGUCACAAGAAGCUAUUGAUUGUUAAACAAAUUUGCCCUCUAAGUAUGUGUACCACAGGAUAUGUAUAGAUGAGAUAACUAAGGAAAACUUGCAUACUGAUGUUGGGAUGUAAAAGGUUAAUUUGCAUUCAUCAUUUUCCAUUUCACAAAAAAUCCUUAUUUUUGCGGUUCAAGGACAAUCAAGAAAUCUGUAAGAGCUGAAAGUUGCAAAAUGUUCUUGCAACACAUAUAACUUCUUUUUCUCUCCAUCAGGGUGGAUUUCUUUAUUCCGGGAGUUCCUACUGUGGGUGGGUUUACCAUAUGUUCCAGCCUCAGGCUGCUUAAAGAAAAAAGAUCCAUAGACCUUGCUGUCAAACACAGUGAACAUCCUCCAGCACUUUGGGUUCACACUCAGGUGUGUACAGAAAUAUGGAUACUGUUGGCACAGAAUGCCUUUAUUAAUAAGGCAAAAUUUAACUGUUAGACCCAUAGGAGUGACUAGCAUCUAAUUUCUCCCUACAUUAUCAGCUGGGAAUCAGACAUUAAGGUCAUGAGAAUAAAGAAAAUGAUCACCAACUAAAGGAGCUCUUGAUUGUUAAGCAAAUUCUCCCUAUCAGCAGCUUACAAAAUUUAUGAAGAACAAUAAGGAGGAUGUGAAUAAUGAUGUUAGGGUGUAAUGUAAAGCAUCAAAAAAUUGUUAUUAAUCUUUUAUAAUUUAAGAGAUCAGAUAGAGGUUAUAAGGUUGAUAGGCAGGGUCUUCUUAUAGAUAAACAAAAUAUACAUUGUAGUCUGGAAUGAACAGCCUAGCAUGCUUCCUCACUGAAGAAGUAAAGCACUGAUAUUUGCUGCUUGAAAUAGGCUAUGAAGUGUAGACCAUGAAAGUCCUUAACCCUUUAACUCCCAUGAGUGACCAAGACAGAAUUUCUCCUCACAAUAUCGAUACAAUAUCAAGCAGACAAGUCAUGAGAAUAAAGAAAAAUAUCAGCUAGGGGAUUAUAAGUUGAUCCAAUACCAAAUUCUCCAAACUAACAUCACAAGGUCAGUAUGGCAGACAGCAAGGAGAAUUACUAGUGAGAUCUUGGGAGUUAAAGGGUUAACAUUAUAUUCAGUGCAAACUACAGGAAUAGACAUUUAUACUAUCAAAGGAUUUUCAGUUUUCCCCUUGAAGAGUAAUAACUAACCAAAUAGCAGUUUUCAGUACAUAAUUUGCCAAAGAUAUAAAUGUUUGCGUUGAAAUUAUUUGUUGAGUGCCACUUGUACGGGUCCUAGUAAAUCAAAAUAGGGGGUUAUACUUCAUGCUUAUGAAGUUGUCUCCUUUUUAUCCAUAUUAGUGUCAAGUUGGCAGUAAAGUUCAUAUGAAAGUCGGGGGAGAGUGUUAUUUUGAUCCAAAUCCUGAAGGCUCCAGUCCAGAUCUGCUUCUGAUUGCUGGUGGUGUUGGAAUCAACCCCUUGUACUCCAUUGCGCAACAUGUCGCUGACAUUUCCUCUGAUGCUAGCCAUCAGUAUGAUGGGAAAACAGUGCUUCUGUUUAGUGCUAAGAACCAAGAUGAACUGCUGUACAAGGUACACUACAAUUUAUCUUAGAAAACAUAAUUUGAUCUUUAAUGGUAAAAUGCGGGAAAGGUGGAAUUUGUGAUAUGUUUUUGACAAUUAUCUAUUUGAAUUAUCGCCUCUUUAGUCAAGAUUUUCAGACUGAGAAGUAUUUCUUUGAAGUCCUUCAAAAAAUUAAAUUCUAUCGCGUGCAACGCGCUUAGUUCAACUUUAAACAAGGAGAGAAAUGGAAUGACAGACUGCUGAUAUCUCUCCAUUUCGGUCUGACUUAAAAGUUCUCUUUUGUCGUUUACAACUUCCCCUUUUAAGCCACUGUGUGAAUGACCUGUAAAGGAUCUAUAAAUACAGUAUGGCUAGUGAGAAAAAAACUAUGUAUUUGUUUACAAACUCAAAUGAACCGUGCAGAUGUUUGCAUGUAGCCCUGUUUAUUCUGAAUUAAAAAGUAGCUUUGGAAUUGUAUUUUUUUUAUCUUGUUAGUGUGACUGUUUGUUUCUUAUUCUGUCCUCUUUUGUAGGAUAAUCUUUUGAAAAUGUCAGAACAGUGCCCAUCUAUACUCUGCAAGUUUUUUGUCACAAAACCAGAUGCUGAUACACAGACUAACGUGAACAGCGUUCAAUGUAAGUGAUCGUAAAAAACGUAUCUAGUUUCGGUUUUUGGCUUGAGUCUAGUUACAAUUCAGGCCUACUAGCCAGCCCAAACUCGGAAUAUUCUAGUACUCAUUGUCAUGCGAGAUUUUGUGAGCUAUUGAGUGUCUGAGGUAAUCCGAAUUUCUUUGGUUAUGCUUUACUCCGCUCUAUGACUGUUCCAACAAAAUGCAAAACGAAAACCUACACAAUUCGGUUUUCCCGCGCUUUAGGCAGUUUGGUUGGUUUUUAUCUUUAGUUUUCAUUGGCUCUUAACACCGUCCUUUCAUAUGAUUGGCUCUUGUGAUAACUUUGGUUUUGCUUUUACGACACUAGACCGAACAAGCGCAGUAGUUUCUGAUCUUUGAAGCUGGUACGCACUGUGGUAUUCAAACGACCAGGAAUUAACAAUGAGAACAUGAAGACAAAUAAUUUUUUUAUGUGUUUACAAACGUUACAAAAUAUGAGUGUUGGAAGCUCGUUGAUUCCUGUGUCUUAUUUUGCCCACCUUCAAAUUGCUAGGUGAACGUGGCCGUAUCAACGAAUCGCGACUACAAGAAGCUGUGUCCUCUCUGGACAGGAAUAGAUUAAUUUGUUACAUCUGUGGUCCUCCCCCAAUGAUCCAACAGAUAACUGAAAUUUUGUACAAGAUGGAUAUUGAGGAAAGCAGGAUACUCUUUGAGAAAUGGUGGUAGCAAGACUUGAAGCUUCUUCAUUUUAGGUACGACGGAGAGAAGUACAGGAAGCUAUGCCAUUUGGUGAACAAGUGACAGUCGCCCUCAUCAGAAACAUUGCAUCGGAAAAAUACGUAAUCCCUGAGAGUAAAGGGGGAAUUUUUUUUAAGAGAGACACUGAAAUUUUUUCUUGUUAGUACUUUGAUCGAGUAUUGGGAAAGAAAAACGUUUUGGCAAACCUUCGUCGAAACGUUGGCAGUAUUUAAAAUCUGAUCACUCACAGAACUGAUUUGAGGUGCGAGCGUUUAGAAAUAUAGCAAUCAUUGUCAUGCCUGGUUGCAUUUCUAACAUGGCAGAAGAUUGUUUAACCCUUUAACUCCCAGAAGUGAUCAACAUAAAACUUCUCCCUACAAUAUCCAUACAUUCUUCAGCAAACAGGUAAUCAGAAUAUUCAAACUUUCAGGUAGAAGCUGCUAUCUUGAUCUAGCACCAAGUUCUCAUAACUAAUUUACAAGGAAAUGUGUAGCAGCUACAGGGGAGAAUUAACAAUCAGAUUUUGGGGGUUAAAGGGUUAAGAUUGUUCUUUGAAAUUAAAAAUUUAUUUAAGCAUCAAGAAAAUUUAAUUUGAGCUAAAGUUAUAACUUUUGUGUUUCUUUAUGAAUUGUAAGUCGAAUUACAACUUUGCAUCCGUGAUACAACUUUGCACUAGUGUUACACGAGAAUGCACUCGUUUAAUUUGUUACAUCUUAUUUCAUGCGGGUUACAACUUUGCAUCCGUGAUACAACUUUGCACUAAUGUUACACGAGAAUGCACUCGUUUUUCGCUAAUCAGAAGCGCGUAAUUUUUUCGUGUAUAUUAUUGCUAAAGUAGAUAAGGGAUUGAUAAUAAAUUUAGAAACUUUUGUUUAUUCAUUAAAAACAGCUUACAUGAACA